AUGGUGACCGCAGAGAGGGGGGGGGGAUGGGGGGGAUGGGGGGUCGCCCCUUCCUCUCCUCUUCGCCUGUCUGACGCCCUGCUGCUCCUGCUUCUGUCUCUCCUGGCGACGGUUGCCGGUGGCGACGGCGAGGAGCACCCCCAGUGCGGCGAGUACAGCAACCAGGUGCUGGAGGACGGCAUGUGCCGCCUGGUUGCCACGCUGCCCCAGAUGGACGAGGGCGAGGGCCGCUGCCCCGACAUGUUCCGCUGCACGGACGAGGUGGCCUUCUGGCUGCGCGAGAACGAGGGGCGCAAGCAGCAGAUCCUCGCCCUCAAGGAGACCAUCUCAGAGCUGCAGGAGGAGCUACGCAACCACAGGCACCGCGUCAAAGUGCUGGAGCUACAGAGUGAGGAGAGGAACCGUGUGAACUCGUCCCUGGAGCAGCGUGUUCAUGAGCUGGAGGAUCACUACGCCGAGGCCAGUACCCUUCUUCACCUGCAGGGGUCGCUGUUGUACAGCCUGCAGGCCCAGAUAGGGAACCUCUCUCUGCAGGUGGAGAAGGUCCGACGCAACCCCGGCUGCAUGAUCAACAUCGUCAAGACCAGCCCACUGCUCAGUGCACAGGAGGCACUGCAUCCAGAGGUGCAGCAUGUGAGGAACUGCCCCAUUGACUGCGCCUCCAUCUACUAUAACGGGGUCUAUAUACGUGUGUGUGUGUGUGUGUGUGUGUCUCCUCAGAGGUGCAGCAUGUGAGGAACUGCCCCAUUGACUGCGCCUCCAUCUAC